GGAAGCCGCCUCGGUGUUCCGCCCUCCCGGCCGGCACUGUGCGGCGGCGCAGCUUGCAAACCCCGGCGGCGAGUAGGGAUGGCUGCCGUAGUGGCGACUGCGGGCUGGCUGGUGCGGUUCCGUGCUGCCGGGGCCGAGGGACAUUGGCGUCGGCUGCGUGGCGCGGGGCUGCUGCGGGGCUUCCUGCGGCCUCCGUCGGCCUGCAGGGAUGCGGCCCAGAGGCGGCAGGUGGCUCACUUCACUUUCCAGCCUGACCCGGAGCCCCAGGAGUACGGGCAAACUCAGAAAAUGAAUCUUUUUCAGGCAGUAACAAGUGCCUUGGAUAACUCAUUGGCCAAAGAUCCUACUGCAGUAAUAUUUGGUGAAGAUGUUGCAUUUGGUGGAGUCUUUAGAUGUACUGUCGGCUUGCGAGACAAAUAUGGAAAAGAUAGAGUUUUUAAUACCCCAUUGUGUGAACAAGGAAUUGUUGGAUUUGGGAUUGGAAUUGCCGUCACUGGUGCUACUGCCAUUGCAGAAAUUCAGUUUGCAGAUUAUAUUUAUCCUGCUUUUGAUCAGAUUGUUAAUGAAGCCGCCAAGUAUCGCUAUCGCUCUGGGGAUCUUUUUAACUGUGGAAGCCUCACCAUCCGGUCCCCUUGGGGCUGUGUCGGCCAUGGGGCUCUCUAUCAUUCUCAGAGUCCUGAAGCAUUUUUUGCCCACUGCCCAGGAAUCAAGGUGGUUGUACCCAGAAGCCCUUUCCAGGCCAAAGGACUACUUUUGUCAUGCAUAGAGGAUAACAAUCCUUGUAUAUUUUUUGAACCUAAAAUACUUUACAGGGCAGCAGUGGAACAGGUUCCUGUAGAACCGUACAAUAUCCCCCUGUCCCAGGCGGAGGUCAUAGAGGAAGGGAGUGAUGUUACUCUAGUUGCCUGGGGUACUCAGGUUCAUGUGAUCCGAGAAGUGGCUUCCAUGGCUAAAGAAAAGCUUGGAGUGUCUUGUGAAGUCAUUGAUCUGAGGACUAUACUACCUUGGGAUGUGGAAACAGUUUGCAAGUCUGUGAUCAAAACGGGGCGACUGCUAAUCAGUCAUGAGGCUCCUUUGACGGGCGGUUUUGCAUCGGAGAUCAGCUCUACAAUUCAGGAAGAAUGCUUCCUGAACCUGGAGGCUCCUAUAUCAAGAGUAUGUGGGUAUGAUACACCGUUUCCUCACAUUUUUGAGCCAUUCUACAUCCCAGACAAAUGGAAGUGCUAUGAUGCCCUUCGAAAAAUGAUCAAGUAUUGACCACAGAGAAAAGCUGGAAGAUUGACUAGAUACGGAAAUAUUUUUCUGAAUUUUUUAUAUUUCCUCAGACUUAUCUCUUCUUGAAAAUAGAAUUUUUAUGAAAUGAAUCAUGAUGGAUAUUGGCUGAAAAAUUAUAAAUUAGCUAUUGUAUUAACUCAUGAAUUGAUGAUUUCCAUUCAGAGUGUUUCAGAUUAACUUUUUAAAAUGUUCCAUAUAAUAGUCUUAUAAAUUCCACUUAAUUACAUUUGUAAAUAUUGGGUGUGGGAUAGUAUUCAAUAAAGCAAAAUCAGAUUAUCUUCA